UCUGCGGCCUGCUCCGCCGCCCGCUGAAGCGCUGCCCGGGCAGAAGGCGCUGUCCUGCCCGAGUGUGCACAAAGCCCGCCUUCCCCUUCCCUCGCCGCGAUCGCACCUUCCCGCCUCCUGCCCCGGCGCCGGGCGGGCUCGUACCCCGCUCCGCCGCCGCUGUCCCCGCCGAGGAUGCGGGUGUCGCUGCUGAGCCCGCUGCUCCUGCUGUCCCUCAGCGCCGGCCCGCACGCCGCGGAGCUCCAGCUCGCCCGCGCCAAGUGCCCGGCCCGCUGCGAUGUGUCCAAGUGCCCCAGCCCCAGCUGCCCCAGCGGGUACGUCCCCGACCGCUGCGGCUGCUGCCUCAUCUGCGCCGCGGGCGAGGGGGACUCCUGCGGCCGCAAGGAGGACCCGCCCUGCGGGGACAGCCUCGACUGCCGCUACCCCAUGGGCAAGCGCUUCGCCAAGGGCGUCUGCCAGUGCAAGCUCAGCGCCCAGGUGUGCGGCAGCGACGGCCGGACCUACGACAACAUCUGCCAGCUGAAGGCGGUGAGCCGCAAGGCGCUGCAGCACGGGCUGCCCGCCGUCGCCCAGGUCCAGAAGGGAGCCUGUGAAUCGGGUCACCUACAGUCCAGCAGUCCAAGAUACAAAUUCAACUUCAUAGCUGAUGUGGUAGAAAAGAUUGCACCUGCAGUUGUGCACAUCGAACUCUUCCUCAGGCACCCUCUCUUUGGUCGAAAUGUUCCCCUUUCCAGUGGAUCUGGGUUUAUUAUGUCUGAUUCUGGUUUAAUUGUGACCAAUGCCCAUGUGGUGUCAAGCACAAAUGCAAUAUCAGGGAGACAACAGCUGAAGGUACAGCUUCAAAAUGGAGAUACCUAUGAAGCAACCAUCAAAGACAUUGACAAGAAGUCUGACAUUGCCACAAUAAAGAUUCACCCCAUGAAAAAACUACCAGUAUUGUUACUGGGACACUCUGCUGAUCUGAGGCCAGGAGAAUUUGUGGUGGCAAUUGGAAGUCCAUUUGCCUUGCAGAACACUGUGACAACAGGUAUUGUCAGCACUGCUCAGCGAGACGGCAAAGAGCUGGGCCUGCGGGACUCGGACAUGGAUUACAUCCAGACAGACGCUAUCAUUAAUUAUGGCAACUCUGGAGGACCUCUAGUUAAUCUGGAUGGUGAAGUGAUUGGGAUUAACACCUUGAAGGUCACAGCUGGAAUUUCUUUUGCUAUUCCUUCAGACCGCAUCACUCAGUUUCUCACAGAGUCACAGGACAAACAAAGUAAAGAUGGGAAGAAACGUUUCAUUGGCAUCAGAAUGCUCACAAUAACACCUGCCUUGGUGGAGGAACUGAAGCACAGUAAUGCUGAUUUUCCUGAUGUCAGAAGUGGAAUUUAUGUACACGAAGUUGUUCCAAACUCGCCUUCUCAUAGAGGAGGGAUCCAAGAUGGAGAUAUUAUUGUGAAGGUCAAUGGGCGUCCUUUGAUGACUUCCAGUGACUUGCAAGAGGCUGUGAUGAAUGAAUCACCUCUACUACUUGAAGUUCGAAGAGGAAAUGAUGACUUGCUAUUUAACAUUGAGCCUGAGGUUGUCAUGUAAAUAGAAUUGAGGAAGCUCUCACCAUAAUUAAACUCACUUAUUCUGGAACACUAGAUACCUCCUUUACAGCUAAUUAUACUUCCUCUUGACUAAUGACAAGGUGGACUAACUUAAUUGCCUGAGCCAUUUCUGUACAUAGUAGCUAGAAUGACUUCAAAGAUGCCAUUUACAGAAGAUAUAAAUUUCAAUGAAACUUAAAAACUGUGUUCUGGGGAGGAGGAGAAAAACAAAUUUUGAGUAGCUGGUAGAAAUGGGUCCCACUUUGUGUACCUGCAGAUGCAGAGCAGAUUGAGUUCUGUAUAUUGAAAGAUCCAAAUACUACUGUGAGCAAGUAUAUAAAGGGGAAAUUAUUCUUAAACUACAGUCAUGGCUGCAGCUGACCCAAGCUAUUGCAAUGCAAAAUUGAGUUCUUUUUUUUUCUUUUUAUGUAACUUUUUCAAUGUGAACCUAUUAUUGUUAGUGCUUCAGCGCUCCAUGUCAGUGCAGGUAGAUGAAAUCUGUAAAUAUUGAAAGGAACAAAAAUGGUGUCAGGCUAUAGAGUGUUACACCUAGGUCAUGCGAUUUUUGGAAUAUAGUAAAUGAUUCUUAUAGAAUUAAUGCCUUAUAUAUAAAUCAAAACGAUGUGCUGAACAAAGUUAAGUUUGAGAAAGUGCACAGUUUUUUACGAAUUUAUACAAACUUGUUUUGCAUUUUUACUGAUAAGCUUUGCUGUAAAAUUGUUACACUACUUUUGGCUUUGACUGUGUAUGUUUCUACUGUAAGGAGAUUAAAGUUUACACAAAUACUCUGUUGAUGUAGACCUCUUUUUA